UCUGUCAAAAUUCUGAAAAAUCCCGGUUGUCAGUCAGCUGAUUAAUUAUAAUUUUGUUCCUGAAAUUAUUUCGUGAAUAUUUUGUGAAAAAAAUUAAAGAAAAACCAUACAUCUUACAACAUAUUCAUUGCUAUUUAUCAUCAAAAAAUCGAAAUAGUAAAAAAAGUGUUAUUCUAGUGAAUGUGAAACUCAAAAGAUUCUAUGAAAAUGUUGUCGAAACAUUACAAACUUUUGCCCAAAUUGAGGGCUCAAUCCGUUUAUCACUGCCGCUAUUUCUCGUCACAAACCAGCGCCAAAGAAAUGGAUGUUUCUUUUUCUAAUGGAUUAAAUUUAAACUUCUCCCACGGCCGCUACGCACGCUUCGCAGACGGAGCGUGUGUGGCCACACUCGGGAACACCAGUGUUCUAUCAACGGUGGUGUCAAAAGCAAAGCAGAGUCCAGCUUCGUUCCUACCUCUCGUUGUGGAUUACAGACAAAAAGCAGCUGCUGCUGGAAGAAUACCUACCAACUUUCUGAGAAGAGAACUGGGUCCAACAGAAAGAGAAAUCCUCACCUCAAGACUGAUUGAUCGGUCUUUACGACCGCUCUUCCCCCAAAACUACAAUUAUGACACGCAAAUAGUCUGUAACAUGUUGGCGGUUGACGCAACGAAUCCUCCUGAAACGAUUGCUAUUAACGCUGCCAGUGCUGCUUUGGCAUUGUCCGAUGUGCCGUGGAAUGGCCCUGUUGGUGCUGUGAGGGUAGGCCAAAUCGACAACGAAGUGAUAGUGAAUCCAACUCGCAAAGACCUAGAGAAGUCGAUCCUGAACUUGGUGGUGGUGGCUACGAAGAGCAACCUGGUCGUGAUGCUGGAGGGAAACGCUUCGGACAUCCUGCAGCAGGAUCUACUGAGGGCCAUCAAAUUAGGAACUAAAGAAGCUCAACACAUAGUGAGAGCGAUAGAAAAGCUACAAAAAGACCACGGCAAGAUGAAAAGAGAGUUCGAAACUCAGGCGCCGCUGGACCAGAGCAUAGUGGAGUCGAUCAAAACACUGUCUUCAAUGAAAAUAAGAGAAAUAUUAAGUGACCACACCCACGACAAAAUAUCCCGUGACGUAGCUGUCUCAGAACUCCGCCAAACUGUGUUAAACCAGCUCCGCGACACCGAAGCAGACGUCAAUCAGCUGCAGGACGCGUUCAAUGCGAACCUCAAGCAGAUAUUCAGGGACAUGAUCUUUGAGACUGAUGUAAGGUGCGAUGGACGGCAUUUGGACGACUUGAGGAAUAUCAGCUGUGAGGUGUCAUUGUACGAGCCACUGCAUGGCAGCGCGGUGUUCCAGCGCGGGCAAACCCAGGUGCUAUGCACAGUCGCAUUCGACUCGCCCGACAGCGCUCUAAAAAUGGACACACUCACUAUGCUAACUAGCGGUAUAAAAGAGAAGAAUUUCUUCCUCCACUAUGAGUUUCCUUCAUACGCGACUGGCGAGGUAGGGCGCGGCGGCGGGCCGGGGCGGCGCGAGGCGGGCCACGGCGCGCUGGCGGAGCGCGGGCUGCUGCCGCUGGUGCCGCCGCUGCCAUACGCCGUGCGGCUCACCGCAGAAGUACUGGAGUCCAACGGUUCAAGUUCAAUGGCGUCGGUAUGCGGCGGUUCCCUAGCGCUUUUGGACGCGGGCGUGGGCCUGGCGGCGCCGGCGGCCGGCGUGGCCAUCGGCCUGGUGUCCCGCCACGACGGCGCGACCCUCACGGAUUACAGGAUACUGACCGAUUUGUUAGGUAUAGAAGACUACAUGGGCGACAUGGAUUUCAAGGUAGCCGGCUCCAAGAAAGGCAUCACAGCGCUGCAAGCCGACAUCAAGAUCCCAGGACUGCCUCUGAAGAUUGUCAUGGAGUCAGUGCAGAAAGCUUGUGAUGCGAAGGCCAAGAUCAUUGAUAUUAUGAACCAGUGUAUUGACAAACCCAGACAAGGCCGCAAGGAGAAUAUGCCAGUGACCGAGGAGUUGGAGGUGGAAGUCCACCAGAGGGCCAAACUGCUCGGACUGGGAGGAAUCAACCUAAAGAGGUUAUACGUCGAAACUGGUGUGCAGGUAACACCAAUAGACGAGAUCAAAUACAGCGUGUUCGCGCCCUCCCAAACGGCGAUGGACGAAGCUAAAGCGCGAAUAGCGGCGUGGCUCGCCGCCGAACGCACGCCGGAAUUGGAAUUCGGCGCGGUUUACAAAGCAAGGGUGGUGGAAGUGAGGGAUGUAGGCGUCAUGGUCACGCUUUAUCCCGGCAUGGCGCCGGCGUUGGUGCAUAACUCACAAUUGGAUCACAGAAAGAUAAUGCACCCCUCAGCGCUAAACCUCGAAGUGGGCUCCGAUAUCCAAGUGAAGUACUUCGGCCGGGACCCCGUAUCGGGACAAGCGCGACUGUCCCGUAAAGUCCUGGCGUCCCCACCACCAGGCGUUGUACGCAAACUCGACAAGAGCUAGUGAUGUGCUGUGAUAUGUAACUCGUGAACAGUUUUUGUGAAGUGUGUUGAAGUGACUGUGGUUGGUGUGUACGGAUCUAAAAGGGGCUAUGCGUGAUAAGUAUUGAAUAGAUAGCGUAUAGAAAAAUAAUAUUCACAAAAAACAACCGAAUUGAGAACCUCCUUGUUUUUUGGUUGAGUAUU